AUGAGCAAUCUAGGGAAACCAGGAGGGGAGGAGAAGAGGUUUGGGGAGGGAGGACCGAGGGCAGGAAGUCGACCGAAUCCCCAAUAUUAUGAGGGGAAUUUCAAGGGGAAGGGACUGAGGGGGAAUAAGGGGGGGGAGAUAAAGGGGGUAAAGAGCGAGAACGAGAGGAAGAAGAACAGGAAGAAUCAAGAAGUGAGGACUCUAACUCUAGGAGGAGGACCAAGGGGGAGCACCCCCACCAGACCCCCGGGCCCAAGACCAAGGGGAGAUGGAGGAAGGGGAAGGAAAGCAAGGCAAGGAGAGAACUAA